AUGGUUGCAGAUGAGAUUGUGGUCUCACUCUCUGGAGGAGCCCCAUGGGGUUUCAGACUACAGGGAGGAGCAGAGCAGCAAAAACCUCUACAGGUGGCAAAGGUACGCAGGCGCAGCAAAGCAUGCCGAGCUGGACUCAAGGAGCAAGACGAGCUGGUUGCCAUCGGUGACCACAUGUGUGCAGAACUCAGUCAUGCUCAGGCCAUGAGCCUCAUAGAUACAGAGAACGCUACACUGAAUCUGAGAAUUAAAAGGGUCCCCUCAGGGUUCCACUGCUCAAAUUACUCAAAUCGCUCUGUUUCACCUCGAUCCUCCAUGAGGGUCUUGUCUCCUCCUGCAACUCCCUCAAACUACCACAGUGACUCCCUCCUCUCACCCACUGAGUUACCCAGGGGCGUUACUUCCCCCCCAGACAGUGAGGCUUACUAUGGAGAAACAGACAGCGAUGCAGACACACAUUCUCACACACACCAGCGACGCCAACGACGCACACCUCCUCAUGCACGCUCACCUGCACGCUAUGACAACCAAGAAGAGGAGACCUCAGAGAUGAGUGGUUAUGAGAGUGCAACAGAUGCAGGAGUUACCCUGCAGGGGCAAUGGGAUGCUCAGUGUCUUGCUGGUGUCCCUCGCAGAGAGCUCAUUUACCUGCCCCUCCAUACAGAAUGGACCACUCCUGCACACACGCCACACACCCUGACCCCUCAUACACUCACCCCAACCCCUGAUCAGAGGAACGUGGAUGCAGAGGGAGAAGGGGAUAGCGGUUUUCAGGAGGCAGGAGGCUGCACUGCGCUGGCCUGCCCACCUUUAGUGUCCCCAGAACGGGCUAAAGAAGUUCUGAGGCUGAGCUCUGGUAGUCACCUGGUCCCCAUGGUGGGACUUCAGCAGGCCCCAGUAAGCGAUGAACUUUCCACCACCUACAUGGAUAAAGCUCGACAAGCCAAGUUGCAGCGUGGAGAGAGUGUGGUGGAGAAACAGGUGAAGGAAGCUCGCACCAAAUGCCGCUCUAUUGCAUCUUUGCUGACUGAUGCUCCCAACCCCAACUCAAAAGGGGUUCUUAUGUUCAAGAAGCGCCGGCAAAGAGCCAAGAAGUACACGCUGACCUGCUUCGGCAAAGCUGAAGGAAAUCAAGGUGGGGAGACAGAGGGAGAGACAGAGGAGGAAGGAGGAAGUUCCAUCCUUAGUGGAUCAGAAGUUGAUGAAGAGGGAUUCUCAACCUCUUUUGACCCUACGUGGGACUCUGGUUAUCUUGACCUGCUGGAUAGGAGAAGCUCCGCUUGCCCAUCAACCACACCAACAACUCCAACAACACCGACAACUAAUCACAGAACAGACCUGGACAUCUCAGCAUAUCAAACUUCACAACAAGUGACUUCUGACUAUCAAAGCCCAGGGUUGGAGGUCUCAGAGUUGGAGAGCUCAGUCAAUCACAGCUCAAAGCUGGAGAGUAGCAUCACAAAGCAGCCAAUCAUUAACCACUCUGCACACAUGUCUCCUCCAGCAGUGGCGUUGGCCAAUGGAGGGCCAGUAACUGUCAGUCGAGCCAGUGUUGUUCUGAGCCCACCCUCACAAACCCCCCUUCGAAGUCAAAAUGGGCACCAUGGCAACCCUAAUUCAACAUCUAACCCCGAGUUUAGUCCAAACAACAGCACAGACUCACACAGUAACACCAGCUUCAAUCCUAACCCCAGUGUACUUAAUCGAACUGCUCGUCCCUUCACCCCUGGCUCAACCCCUUCUCGUGCAUCUGUAACCUCUGUAAUGUUUCGCCCUCCCCAACCCAAGCCCACAGCCAUAACUAUGGCAACCAAACCUGCGGCAGCAGUAUCCAUGGUGACCAUCCAGCCUACUCAUCAUCAAGCAGGGGCAGAUGCAAGAAGAGCGGUGUCUAGCACCUCUUUGUAUAUCCCUCCAAGAAAUAACAACAGUAACUCUCCUCCAUCAGCUCUUUCACCUCCCUCCUCUGUGUCUUCUAUCCCUUUCUCUCAGCCUCCUACAAAUCUACAAAUUCCCGCUUCUCCUUCAACCCCACUCUCACAGUCUGCAGUUCAAGGUUCUCUGGCAUCAUCUGCUAAACCCUUCUCACCUCUACCUUCACUGCCAUACCUCUCCACUCUUUCUCCUACACCUCCACAUCCCUCGACCUGCAUUUCAGCUUCUCCCAUUUCCACUCCAUGUCCCCCUCCUGAUUUAACUCAGGUUCCCUUCCCUACUCCUACUCCCAUCCACCCCUCUACAUUUCCAUCUAUCCACCCUUACAACGUGACAGGCGGAGCAACUCCUGCUUCCCCUCCCCAGGCUCCAGCCACUGACUCAGUGGUGACACGUGAGCAACGCAUCUCUGUUCCAGCUGCUCGCACUGGUAUCCUGAGCGAUGCUCGUCGUCGUACCAACAAAAAGCCGUUGUUCAGUGCACUCAAGAGCAAAGAUGUUUCUCCAAACCCUGACUUACUAUCGAUAAUUCAGAAUAUGGAUGACCAUUUUGGGAGAACCCCAGGUGCAGAGACUGGAGCUGCACCCAGUGGGGAGGCUGGGCAUGAAUCAGGCCCGGAAGAGGACUGGUUAAGGCUUGGGGCAGAGGCCUGUAACUUUAUGCAGGCUCAGCGAGGACCCAGGCCACCCCCUGUGGCUCCCAAACCACAGACCCCAAAGGUGCCACAACUUGAGGGAAAGGGUGGUCAGCUGUUUGCUCGCAGACAGAACAGGAUGGACUGGUAUGUUGUAGAGCGAUCUCCAUCUGUUGCUGCAGUUCCUUACUCUCCUGCUCAGAUAAGGGAGCCCUCACCUACUCCUUCACUUCCAUCCACCUGGAAAUACUCAUCCAACAUCCGUGCUCCACCUCCCAUCAAUUAUAACCCUCUUGUUUCUCCCUCCUGCCCUCCAAAGGCCCAGAAGAAACCUGAGGUGACAAAGUCUGGGACAGCUGGAUCCAAAGGGCAGAGAACAAGCAUCAAGGCUGUGGAUAUUAUGAGCCACCAGCCAUACCAGCUCAGCUCUUCCCUGUUUAGUUAUGGAGGGGGUGUUCCCCAGGAAACCUCCAGCCAUCAGCAACAGAGAGGAAUGACGAGUGGUCCUCAGAAGACUGCACGAGUGUAUGAGGUAAAGCGCUUCUCCACACCCCCUCCGACAGCCACAGGGCCCGCCCUCAAGGUUAUUGUACCUCGAUCAGCAACAACACUCGGAGAACCACUAAGGUGCUCUAAUGCCAUGUCUCCUCCACCCACUGCUGGUUCCACCCCCUACCAACAGCAUCAGUCUCCACCCCAGGCUUACCAACCUCAGUGGGCCACCUCUCCUCUGUCUCCCCCAAUGCCUCCUGCCCCAACAGCUCCACUCCCUCAGCUCCCCAACUUCUCCUCUGCUCCUGCUCCAAAUCCAGUUCAGCUUCCUACUUUUUCCCACCUUCAGCCCUCAGUCCCUCCACAGGCCAGCAAGCAGUUUAAAAGUGCCCCAGAUAUAAGUCCCAUAGGCCCCACUGGUGCUUCUCAACCCACCAGGGUCCCCAGGCCAAGGUUCAGCACUUCCAAUCUUGGUCUUCAACCUUGUGUGUGGCGCCCUGGAUCCACUACGCACUGAAAAGAUCCUCAUCUGGACUUGACAAACCAAGACUCUGUGGGAACACGGAGCAGCAUUUUUUUAAAAAAAAACACAUUAAUAUAUUCUUGGCUUUUUAACAUUAUUAUUCCAGGUUGCAGCGAGAGAUUUCAUCAGCCACAUGUUUUAUCACAAAAUAUGUUUGGAUUGGCCUCACAUGUAGCACAUUUGAAUAUUUAAUCUCAUUUACUCUUUUAUCCAAUUCAUUUGGUUAAACAAUGAAUAAAACAGAGCAUUGUUUGAAGAUAUGAAUUCAGAGUGAAAACCUGAGAAAUGUGUAAGAAACAAAAAUCAGCUAGACUGACAGAACGGAAAGAGCUGGUUGGGAAAACUGAAAAAAGUUCUGUAAAUAUUGCCCUGAAUGAUGAAGUUUAAACACAAAAAGAGGAAUUUUGGAAGUGUUAUGAUAAGAGUGCAGUGAAUGAGAUGGGAAAGAGGAUGGGGAAAAAGAACAGGUUGGAAGAAGUAAAAAAAAAAAAUGUCUGACACGAGUGAAAGGUGAAGAUUUGACCUUUAACUUUAUUAUCUGUAACAAUCUAUCUGUUGCUAUCUGGCAAUGGCAUAUUUUAAAAGUUGUUUUAUGAACAAUAAUGGGAUGUUAUAGAUAUUCUUAGGAUUUGUGUUUGAUGACUGAAUUAUAAGCAUGUGCCUUGUUUUCUGAGUUUUUUCUGAGGGAAAAGCUUUUUUGGACUUGAUUUCUCAUCUGUUGAUAGGAAACAAGACAAGAAUAACACGUCUGUUUAGCUGUGAUUCUUUUCUGCAGCGACAUGCGGCUGAAUAAAAAUAGACAUGACUCA